AACGCGGAAGUGGUCUGUGUAAACUUCACCGUACAGUAGCGACAGGUCAUUUCGGUUCAGGAAGCUACAUGGACAGUUUGUUAAAUAAACUCAUGUACUUGACUUUCGCUGUUGACCUUUAACGAGCUGAAUCCACGUCCUGGUCUGGGGGAAAUCCAGGUCUUGGCAUGUGGCAGGACGAACAGUGUGAGCUCUUGCUGGACUGAAGAAGCUGAAAGGCCAUGCCAGUUCCAGUGAUGGCAGAACCUGUGGUUGAUCACCAGAAACGCUUCCAGGCUGCUGUGGAUGUGAUCCAUAACCUGCCUAAAAAUGGGUCCUAUCGGCCCUCCUACGACCUGAUGCUUCGUUUCUACAGUCUGUACAAGCAGGCGGUGUGUGGACCUUGUACGGUACCUCGGCCUGGAUUCUGGGACCCAGUGGGUCGAUAUAAGUGGGAUGCGUGGAGCCGCCUGGGACAGAUGAGCCAGGAGAAGGCCAUGGCAGCGUAUGUGGAGGAGAUGAAGAAAGUAGCUCAGGAGGUCAUCCAGUCCAUGCCCAUGAACCAGACCACGGCCUCCUUCUUCCACCUCUUUGAGCCUCUCUACCUGGUGAUCGACGACAUGCCACGGCCGCCACCGUCUCUGCUCGCGCUCACACGAGGUCAUGAAGGCAGUCAGCAAGCUGAUGUCGUAACAGAAAUGAAGGAUGAAGAUGGGGAACAGGAGGGUUCUACUCAGAGUCUGGAUAAGGACCUUGACCUGUGUGAAGUUGUGGACCUGAUGGUCAACGACAUCCCUAAAGAUGCAUCGGAGGCUCUGGCUCUGACCAGCGACUCGGAGACGGAGAUCUUCUGUGACUCUGUGGACUCGGUGGACCAGCUGAGCUGUGUGAAGAUCCCGGUCAAAUCCAACGGCUUCCACGUGUCCCAGGAUCCCUCUGCAGCUCCGAGCUGUCAGCUGGAGGUCCGGCUGGAGGGCAGACAGGCCGGAGCGGGUCAGGGUGGAGAAGGAGCUGAGGACAGGAAGGACCAUGGUCCCUCCAGGAGGAGUCAGGACAUGAGGAGAGACGGGUCCUCCCACAGCUGGAGAGAACGUGGAGUCCCACAGGGAAGUCCGAGGCAAGGGGCCCCUGGCAGCGGUGGUGGGGCUGGACGAGGAGGUGGGGACGGUUCAGAGGGCGGAGCAGAGAGGCUGCAGGAUGCCCAUCUGCAGCAGCAGAUUAUUCUGGCUCUACGAAGGCUCAGAGAGGACAUGAGGAGCGUGAUGGACAGGCUGGAGGUGGUGGAGAGGCUCGCUGCCACACAUGUUCAGGGCUCAGAGUGGAGGCCAUGUCUGCAGUGUGUUGCUGCUUCACAACAGGAGGAGCCAUGGUGGCCGUUGGACGGCUCAGGUCCGACCGUCCUCCUGCUCCUGCUCUGGCCCUUCGUGGCUCAGGGUCUAAUCUACCUGCUGAGGAAAGCCCACGAGAGGAGCCGCUCGUCUUCGUGAGACGAUUCCUGGAGGACGGAAGAGUUCAUCUGCUCAGAGGAAGGAAGGAUUGAGGCGUGAUGCGCUUGUUCACUACAGUCUUUAUCUGGACAAACCAGAUGUGGAAAUCUGAGAGUAAAGAUGUUUCCCAUCAUCCAAGUUAGCUAUAAAUGCACCUUCAGCUUCCUUCUGUUUCCUGCUUCUGUAAAUAUGCAGAAUGUCUUAAAAUGAAUCUUCAGACAGAUUUCUGCUGAUGAAUGAGUAACGUGUGUGUGUGAACGUAUGUGGCCCUCAGGUCAUCGUCUCCGGCUUCCUCAGUGUUUGCUUGUCUGACCGGACUCCUGUGGGCAGGGACUGAAUGAUGAAUGAGGGAUCUCUGAAACUGAAGCACAAGUUCACAUUAAAAGGUGGAUCCUGA